CAGAUGGAGUAGGCCAACCUUUUCACAUGUUCCGGGCUUUCUGCUUGGAACUUUUUGUAUGCGAUUCAGAAGAGGGUGCCCAUUUUUCUCUCACUUUUCAGCAUAAAAAGGUGUCGACACAAGAAGUUAAGUUUUUGCCUGGUGGUGGCUCCGGAAACAUGCAUUCUACGGCGUGGAGAGCCGUGGUCAUGGUUGCCGCUCUAGUUCAGAUUUGCUCCUCCAGGGAGCUGGAGUCCAAUCUAUCCCACCCAAACAGGAUCGUCAAGCUGCCUGGCCAACCUCAGGUCAGCUUCCAGCAGUUCUCAGGCUACGUCACAGUGGAUGAGCGGAAGCACAGGGCUCUUUUCUACUACUUUGCCGAAGCAGAGAUGGAUCCGUCCUCAAAGCCUCUGGUUCUCUGGUUGAAUGGAGGGCCUGGUUGCUCUUCUGUUGGGGUUGGGGCAUUCUCUGAGAAUGGGCCUUUCAGACCAAAAGGUGAAGUGCUGGUGAGGAAUGAGUAUAGCUGGAAUAAAGAGGCAAACAUGCUGUAUUUGGAGACACCAGCAGGAGUUGGCUUCUCUUUUUCAAGUGACUCUUCUGACUAUGAGGGGGUGAAUGAUCGGAUUACAGCCAGGGAUAAUCUUGUUUUUCUGCAGCGCUGGUUCACAAAGUUCCCACGGUACAAGGGCAGGGAUUUAUACAUCACUGGAGAAAGCUAUGCAGGCCAUUAUGUUCCACAACUUGCUCAGCUCAUGGUUGAUUUCAAUAAGAAGGAAAAGGUCUUCAACCUCAAAGGCAUUGCUCUGGGUAAUCCGGUUCUUGAGUUCUCAACCGACUUCAACUCAAGAGCAGAGUUCUUUUGGUCCCAUGGGUUGAUAUCGGAUACUACAUACAGAAUCUUCACUUCUGCUUGUAACUACUCACGCUACGUCAGUGAGUAUUACAGAGGAUCCCUUAGUUCAAUCUGUCAAAGAGUGAUGAGUCAAGUGACAAGAGAAACAAGUAGAUUUGUCGACAAAUAUGAUGUCACCCUUGAUGUUUGUAUAUCAUCAGUUUUAUCGCAAUCCAUGGUUCUGAGUCCUCAGCAAGUUACUGAGCGAGUAGAUGUCUGCGUCGAAGAUGAAACCGUGAGUUAUCUCAAUCGGAAGGAUGUGCAAGCAGCACUGCAUGCCAACCUUGUCGGGGUGACAAAAUGGACUGUUUGCAGCAGUGUUAUCGAGUAUGAGUUACUUAACUUGGAGGUACCAACAAUUUCGAUUGUGGGUUCGCUUGUGAAGUCUGGAAUCCCGGUGUUGGUUUACAGUGGUGAUCAGGACUCUGUCAUUCCUUUGACCGGUAGCCGAACUCUUGUGCAAAGACUGGCAAACGAGCUUGGCCUCAAAACAACAAUUCCGUAUAGAGCUUGGUUUGAGGGAGAACAGGUUGGUGGAUGGACUCAAGUUUACGGCGACGUGCUUUCAUUUGCUACUGUAAGAGGAGCCUCUCAUGAAGCUCCAUUCUCACAGCCUGAGAGGUCUCUUGUGCUCUUCAGAGCAUUCCUACAAGGCCGACCGCUACCAGAGACAUUCACAUAUGCACCCUGACAGGUUCUUCAGCAGCAUUAGGGUGUGCAUUGUAAGUAUAUGCGAGUUUCGUGUCGAUUCCAUGGUAUUCCUGUGUGCUUGAGCUGAUGUCUAGUUUUAGGUAAUUAGUGUGGAAAAGGCACACGAAUGUGUGUUUUGUCACCGGCUUUUGUAGAAUUCUGUCUCGUGGAGAAGCUACUUCAUCUGUUCAACAUCAAAACAAUGGAGUUCAAAUUGCAUUUCUUCUUUGA